AUGACAACCUCACGGCCGACAAUAUUCAGAUUUGUGCCUCAAAGACCACAGCGGCGCCAAACGCAACGCGAACAUGAAUUGGAAAUCGCCAAUCGACGCUCACAUGCAGCCACGGUAACCCACAUGCGAAAAGCUUCGCUACACCUCCGAUACGUACCGCCAGGAGAAACACGCUCCGGUCGCGCUGAAAAGCCAAUCCUCUUGAACCCAGAAUCUUCCGCUUUGUAUCCGAAGAAACCAACAUCGGUGACUGGCGGACAUGCAUCAGUAUGGCAGCUGCUGGCGUCUCUUCCCGAGAUGGAAGACGAGGAUGAAGUCGUUGAUCUCGACAGCCUUGUGGAAGUCCUAUCGAGGGGAGAACCGAUCAGCACCGCCCCAGGUGGUAAUUCGGACGCUUUCAAUUGUUACGCCAUCAGCAUCACUUCUCGCAUUAACCAGGUCUUGGCCUUUGCCCGUGAUGUAGGCAUUCCGGGACUGUUUUUCACACCAUUCUUCCACCGCAUCUCUCAUCCAAUCGCCCAGCCGACGGUGGUGAAGUCUUCGAGCAUCCUGUCUUCUCCCAGUGCUGUCUUGAACUGGGAGCUCACGUCGGCUGCAUUGACAGACCAGGGAGCAGCGCUGGCUCUUGUAUCGUCACAUGUGGUGGUCAUGUGUCUCUUCUUGCCACCUCCUGCAGCUCGGCUUUUCCGAGAAAUAGCUAUGAGAAUGAUGUCGCACAGUAUGUUGCUGCUAAGGAACGAGAUUGCCCGGUUCCCAGCCACGCAGGGAGCUCCGUACAAAGCCUCGAAGUUUCUCAUUCUUCAGAUGUACUGGCUUUAUCGGGCUGAGAGUACCGCGCGAAACUUCGCGGCGGCGGCGAUCCACGAAAAGAUGCUAUAUCGUUUUAUCGCGGAACUGAACGAUGAGGAUGUCGACUUCAAAUAUUACAUGUACUUGUGCAUGAUGUUCUGGGCGGUUGACACAACCAUCAUGACAAUGAAACGAGACAGCUAUGAUCCUCGUCCACACGGCUCUAAAAUAAUCGCUAGGCUGCAGCGACUCGCAGCCCCUGAUCUGGAGUAUCUACCCGCUGAUUACAAGUACCCCGAUUGUAUCAUCAACCAUGAGCCUCUUCGCUCUGUUCUAGUCCGGUCCCGGCGACUGGCGACUCUUAUGUCGAAUCCCCUUCCCGCGGAGGUCUGCGCGGACCCCAUAAAGAGGUUUAACGUGUCCUACUUCUGUGUGAUACAAAACUUUCUUGAUACGCUAACCUUGAUGGAUUCGUACUUUGACACAACCGAUGGUGGCAAUCCAUUUUCCUUACCGACGGGUGGGCAAAAAUAUCUCUACGCCGGCGCCUGUCUAACAAUUGUUCUCGUCUCGAGGUCGCUCAUUGAUGUCACGUCCAUUAACGGCGUUAACUUACGAGAGGCAUCUCACAUCAUCCUUCCUCAUCUACGGCGCAUCUGCGAAUUAGUACGGUUGACAAUGACACCAUUCGAAAGGACCCUGUUCCAAGAACUUCGGCUUUGGAUUUUCUAUAUUGGCACCCUUUAUGAGCAGCGUUUACUCCUCAAAAGAGUCGACCCGGUCGAGACCUGGUUCGGUGAUAUGCUUGCGAUCGAGGCUUCCGCGUCCCAGACCGUAGAUUGGCAAUCGAUGAAACAAAUCCUCCAGAAAUUCCUAUUUUCUGAGUUCAUGGAACCUCAUGGUGAGUUUUGGUUCGAGAGCUGGCUAAAAAGCAAAAACAUGUGA